CACGCCCCCAUUUGAUUAUACAGGGACUUCUUCGACGAACAGCGAACAGAUAGAAGUAGUAGGACUGCUGUAGAGCCUGAGGAACAAAAUAUUGGACUUAUAAGCUUGGCGACAUGGCCAGUUGUUUAGAUGCAGACCGCAUCAGUCAGAUCAGUGUUAGCAUUGAAAGCAUUAACCAGUUGGAGAUGCAGGAGAAACUAUUGUCACAUGACCAAGAUAAUGUGCAGCGGCAGAUAAAGCCAAUCACCGCAUCCACACUCACCCUAGAUAAUAAUGAUAGUGAAGAAGCGACAAAUCAGAGUAGAAGUGGGAUAUAUGCAGAAGCCGUAGAACACUACAUUGCCGAUCAGUAUGAGUACAAUGGCGUCCAUGAUCCUGAAGACCAGGAAAAGGUGAGGAUGCGGACAGAGCUGCUACUAAAAGUUAUGGAAGAGCAGACUAAACGGAAGACCAUCCGUCAGUCAUAUGGCGGAAGUGAUGAUGACCUGCAGAGUGAUAUACGCGAGGAUGUAGAGACUGACCCUUCUAAACGGUGCCUUUGGGCUGCCGAGAAUAAUGAACUUGACAUCAUAAAAGAGAUAAUAAACAAUGAUGCAUCUUGUGUUGGUUGCUGUGAUGAAGACGGCUACACCCCACUUCAUAGAGCAUCUUAUAACGGCCAUGUUGCAAUGGUAACCUAUUUAUUAGGACACAAUGCAAGUGUACGUGCAAGAACUUUAGAUGGUUGGGAACCACUACAUUGCGCAUGUCGCUGGGGACAAGCAUCCGUGGCUGCGAUUCUUUUAGAAAAUGGAGCAGAUAUCAAUAGUCAAACUAAUGGUGGUCAGACUGCCUUGCAUCUGGCUUCUUCCAACAGAGAAGCAAAAGAUGUCUUGGAACUGUUACUAAUGAAUCGGUACAUUGACCCAUCUAUACACAAUGGAGCAAAUGAAACUGCCUACAAUAUCGCGCGUAGAGUUGGGCCUCUGGCUUAUUUAUUUAAAAUUACUGAUAAAUCGCUAAACCAGGUUCAAUGAUAGUCAUGAAAUGAUAAAUGUAGCUCACUUCAAUAUUCAACUAUAACAUAAUGCCAUUGUCUGUUAUAAUAUCACUGUAUAUAUAAUUAGAUGUUGUAAUUUCCUUGUACUGUACCUAAAAAUAUGAUAUAUUUACAGUACAUUGCACAUAGAUUAUGGUUCUAGUAUUUCUGUAAAAGAUGGGAAUUGCUUGUACUGGAUAUACUGAAAACUGUAAAUCUUGUCUCUACAUACAGUGUAUAAGAAUACUGUAUAUCUAUGGACAGUGGAGGUAUCUCAUGAACAAAUUGACCCAUUCUAAUGUUAUUUAAUGUGUGGAAUGUCUUCUAAGGAAAAUUUUUAGAAGGCGAAGGAUUUUAAACUAAAAAAAAUUAAUAAAUCUGAAUUGAAGAUACAGACAUCAUUCCACAUAAUGAUAAUAAAUGACAAUAAAUAAAGUUCAAAAAUUCAAAAUAGAGUAAAGUUAAACUUGCUGAAGUUGACUUUGACUAACUCGAAUGAUUUUUAAGUCGAACUUAUUUUACAUGCAAAAUUGCUGUGUUUUCCAUUAUUAACAAUCUGUAAGUCAAAUUUUAUCGAAGUCGAACAAUUUUUCAAUUGUAUUUUGGAUUCAACUUCGUCAAAUUCAACUGUACAUUGUUUUAAAUAACAAAUUUUUUUUUAAACAGUGAACUUCUUUAGAAUACUGUAAAGGGCUUUGUUUUUCCCUCACAAUCAAGUUUUUAUGUAAGAACUUCUUGUUGUUUUCCCAUACAGUACAGUUAUGGUUGUAUUACACCCAUAUAUAUGUGUAAUAAUGUCAUCACCACCGUACAGUAUAUAGGCCACUCAUAUACAUUUGCAACAUAAACCUGUUGUGUGGACAGAGGUUUAAACUAACAAAAUCACCAAAACAACAAUAAUGCUUUAGCAAUUCCAUUGGGCUGUUAAUGCCAAUCUGUGAUUCAUAUAGACAGAGUGCUUAGGCAGCCUAGUGUGGCCAAAAAUAGUUGAAGGCGUGGGAGGGGAGGUUAAAUCUCAUAGAAAUAACAUUCUAGCAUGCAAGUGGUGAAAUUCGUUGUCUUUUUGAUGCAAAGGGAGUGAGUAGUUUAGUUGUUCAGAGAGAGGUUCACUCAUAAAGGUUGUUGGCCAAAUCAUAGUUACAGGAUUGCCAAAGUGUUCAUCUUUCACUAGCUAGGCUCUCGGGGAAUGCUGCAAUACAGUACCAGGAUUUGUUUUCAAUAACAAAAAAGAAGCCUUAAAUAAUAUUUAUGUUUAUGUUAUUAAUUAUAUGUACAGUAAUAUUUAUUUUAUCAUUCAUUUGGUUUUUUUAAAAAUAUAUAUUUACUGUACUGUAUGUCUAUUUUUUAUUUUGUAUGUUUAUAAAAUGAACAUAAACCAUUUUUUCAACACCAUUAUCCAAAUUUCAAAUGGAGAAUGGAACAUUCCAAGUUGAAAUUGUCCGAAAUUUGACAAGUAAAAUAAAGAAUUUCUACAUAAAUUGUGUACAUAUACAGAAUUAGUAUAUUGUGAAAAAUCAUAUUGAAAGCAUCCCGGCCUUGCACACAUGUAUUGUACGUUAUAGUAAAUAAACUAAUGAAUUGUAUGCAUAUUUGAUGAUGGUGGAUCAAGACUAAUAAACGAAAGCUGAGUCAUUGUGCAGUUAA